UGUGUAUAUCUUCUUCAGUCCUCACAAACACAACAAUACCUAUACCUACAAAUGUGAACUAUAUGCGAAAUGGAGGCACUGAGUUCGUGCUUCGUCAUCGAGACCACCGUACGGCGCUCUUGGAAUCGUGUUUGCAUCUUUUUGUUAUUAUUUUCCCUGUGGAGUGAGCCGUGAGGUGAGCCGGCCAACCUAACCGGUCCAGCCCCGCCCCGCCGCGCCGGCCGGCCGCGGGGGCGCCGGCGGCGGAGUCCGGUCUCGCCAGUGUAGCUCGAGCAGCGGACGGUGGUGCUUCAAGGUGCUCGAGGUGCCGCCGCCAUGCGAGGCGCGGCGCUGCUGCUAGCUGGACUCCUUUGCAUUCCCGGCUGCUGGUCGCUGCGCCUGUCCUCGCUGGAGGUGCCGGCGUUGCGUCAGCGCGGGCAGACGGCCACCCUGCGCUGUCGGUAUGACGUCGAAGGCGACGACCUCUACAGCGUCGCCUGGUACAAGGACGACACAGAGUUCUAUCGCUUUCUGCCCACCGCGCGCAAGCCCAAGACUACCUUCCCAGGAGUGGCCGGCAUCAAUGUGAACGUGAAGGAGUCGGACGAUGUGCGGGUGACGCUCACCUCACUGUCGGUUUUCAGCAGCGGUCAGUACCGCUGUAAGGUCAACACAGAGGCGCCUGUCUUCGCCUCGGUCACCGAGACGACCGACAUGCUGGUCGCAGCGCCACCCGAGUCAGACCCGGUCAUCUCGGGGUUCGAGGAGGACCACUGGGCGCCCGGGGACACGCUGCAGCUCAACUGUACGUCGGCCAAGUCGUACCCAGCGGCGCGGCUCCACUGGGCCGUCCACGGCCGGCUGAUAACUGGUGACCUGCUGACCCCGUAUCCCCUGGAAGAGGACGAUGAAGGUCUGCAGACUGCCACUCUGGGCCUCCGCCUGCACCUGCGGCCCACGCUGCUGAGCAGCGGGCCGGUCAAAGUCUCCUGCACGUCGAUCGUCUCCAGGAACAUCUCCGAAUACGAGUCUCGGCAGCGACCCCUCGGCGGCGACGGCCGCACGACGGAGACGCUCUACACAAACACGACCUCCAUACUGGUGGGCAGCGGUGUCGGUGCGGCGCACCCCUCCACCGCGUUACUGCUGCUGCUGCUCGCAGUGGUCGGUUACACGGCCUCCGUGCCCGCCUGUCCACGGUGGACGCAGCCCUGACCUCGGGCGCAGGCAGGAUAACGCAGUGAUCAAGUCAGCCCUAAUGGCGUACAGAGCAGUAAUAGGUACCGAACCGAACAGUGCUCAGUGGAGUACCGGACGGCGGACACGAACAGGUACCGGACAGGACAAACCUUGCCGAGAUACGGCAGAGACAAGCCUAACAGAGGCUGCAGAUUUUCAACGAGUGAAACGAGCGUGGCCACUGCCAAUGGCAGAAACUUGCAGAUGCGCAGUGAUGCCACGAAACCCGUGAGCAAAGACAAAUAGUGUGUGUGAGGAGUCACAGGUGCAAUACCCAACUGACUCUGCUUAUGCAACUUUCUGAAUGAUAAUUCAGAAAGCCGGCUGGCUGGUUUCGAUGGCCUAGCGUUUGUUGCAGUGUAUUGCACUGGACUCUACUUUUUCAUGCAGUGUAUGUACGAGUGUUUUCACUUUUCACCAAAGCCGAGGGAUUGUCUUAGAUUGUUCAGUUGUGUUGAAUAAUCUUCUAGCUUGUUCUUAGCCCCAAUGAGAGGCUAAUUUUAUAACUUCGCACAGCGCAGCUGCUACCACGCUGCAUCAGGAUGCCGAGAGGGGUGAAUGCAUUAUACUGACAUUUGAGUAAUGCAUUCUGACUGACAUUUGAGUCUCUCGCCGACAUGUAACGGACCGAACGAGCGUGUAGCGAGUGUCGUAUGCAUUGUACCGGUGUAACACACGAGCGGUGCGCCGCCUUAACGGGAGGUCCCAAGUGACUCCCAACACAUAUGGUCACGACGAACGCCAAUGUCCGCCGCCCUACUAUCAGAUGUCACGGCGGUUCGUCCCAGCCGCUCCAUCGAGACAGCCACGCAUGCACCGCUGCCAUGUCCACUGUUCAGAGAGCACGACGCUUGAUGGACGGACUUUGGUCCGGGCGACCGGGAGCCGUCCUUGGACUUGAACGGUAGCGGUCUAGCUCGUCUGUGCGCCGAGCUAAGUCGUCGAGUCGCGUCAAGUACGCAAAAGAGUUUUAGCUGAGUGGGGUGCUAUCGUGCGGCAUGCUGGCACUACUCAGCACUUGGAGGCCUUAGAGGACCACCGGCGUCGCACUGAGGGAGGCGCAGCGAGGGUCGAGCUCCCUACGGGAUCUCUCUGGCUACCAGCCCGCGUACAUACAGUCUGUUUGUUGUUUGUUUGAGCACAGAUGUAGAGAUCGACAGCCGCCGUGGCCGGCUAGUGCUUGUCCUGCUGAGUGUGCGCCAUGGGAACGAAGCAGACUCCAAUACACGUGUGAUACGAA